GACAGAGAGACAGAGACUAAUAAGAAGUUCUUGAACUGAUCACUAAAUAAGACCAAGAGAAGAAACUCAAGCUGUCUGGGUGCUUAAUUGACACCGGAGAAGACGUUGACACUGCUUUUGUUGCUAUGCCAUUGGCGGGUUACUCGUGGUCUGUGGUUCUGGUGGGCGUGGCCACACUACUGUUUCCAGGUGAAUGCCAGUCUACCUGCAAAGGACAAGAUGGCCGCCCAGGAGAAGCAGGAAGUGCAGGCAGAGAUGGGUGGCUGGGUGUAAAGGGAGAUAAAGGAGAGCCAGCUCCGGUGUCACCAGGUGCAAAUGAUCCACAGCUCCUGCUUAAAAUGAAGGGGGAUUUUGGGAGACAGGGCAUACAAGGGCAACUGGGCCCUAAGGGUUAUGCUGGAGAUUUAGGGCCGAUUGGCGAUCCUGGAAUACCAGGCCCCCAAGGCCGUACUGGAGGAGCAGUCUCACAAGCUGCCAACCCCUCCCAACAAUCUCAGUCAGCAUUCUCUGUGAUCAGGACCAUCAGCACCUAUCCUGCAUACAACCAGAGGGUCACCUUCCAGAGUGCCAUCGUUAACAAACCAGGUUCACACUUUAACAUCAACACAGGGGAGUUCACCUGCCGCAUACCUGGCGUCUAUUACUUUGUCUUCAAUGCCAUGUCCAAGGUCAGCAUGUGUCUGCGACUGAAGAGUCAAGCACUGGAAAACCCCAUUGGAUUCUGUGAUUUCAAUAACAGACGUUCAAAACAGGUGCUGUCUGGGGGAGCGGUUUUACAGCUGCGCGGGGGGCAGAAGGUGUGGCUGGAGGCUUUCAAGGACCGACAACCAGACUCUGUGAAAAAUGACAAAAACGAUAAACAGAUCAGCUUUAAUGGCUUCCUGCUUUUUGAAUCCAGCUAGGCAUAGGAAAAAUGCUAUAGUCCUCAUCGUCCAAACAGUUAAAAUGCACAACAUGAGGUCUGGAUACAAAAUUCUACUUCCUGUUUAAUUCCUGAGGUUCGUCCACCUACCUGUUCAGUGUCUUAUCUUCUCUCUCGUGGCCCGGUAUGUUUGCAGUGCCUUGCACAAAAAGUAAAUAUUCCCCUGAAAAAAGAAUGAUGGAAAGAGCUCCACUUGUUAUGGAAUGGAAAUUACAAAUAAGAAUUGGAUGGAAAAUGUAGAACAUCUAAGAGUGACAAAUGCUCCACAUGUAUUUUAUUGGGUUUUCUUUUUCUUUUUCUGUCUUACAUUUCCCACAUUUCAUAUGAUCGUCAGUUGCAAAAAGCACAAUAGUUGCCUUUUCUUUUCAAACUGAUGCUUUUGCGUGUUUGAAAUUGUAAACUGCUGUAUGAAUGGCUUUGAUAGCAGUUCCAACACUGAGUAUGCAACCUUUAAAUGUUAGCUUUGAUAGAAUAAUUAUACCGCAAUUGCACAUUUUUCAUAUGCUUGUUGUAAUAAAGUUACCUGGC